AUGGCGCUGGUAACCAUCACGUACCAGGAUCUGCUGGAUUUUUGUGAAGAGGGCAAUUCCAAUGACAGUCUCCGACAGCGUCUGGUCAAUGACAUUGGGCGUGCCUAUGGCAGCAAUGGAUUGGGGAUUCUCUCUGUUUCAGGUGUCCCAGGUUUUGUGGAAUUACGAGAACGAUUGCUUCCUUUGGCUGCCAAAGUUUCCGAGCUACCCCCAGAAGAUUUGGAUAGCUGUGUCUCGGAAAAGGCUUGCUAUGCGGUUGGCUGGAGCCAUGGAAAGGAGGAACUGACGCCGGGAGUCCCUGAUUUGUCAAAAGGAUCGUUUUAUGCCAAUCCACUGGUGAACGAUUUGGUGGCGGCAAUGAUGCAGAGACUGCAUCAAAACUCCAAUGACAAUCCGCAAGAAGAGGAAGAAAGCUCUGGCAGUUGA